AUGGAACGAUUAAACCGCACCAUUCAAGAGGAACUACGCAGCUUCCUAGCGCUGGUCAAAGAUGGAUUGUGGUCUGGCGCAUACAUCUAUCCCUUCCAGGGCAUCGCCUACUUCCUAUCUCACCCGUCUCUAUAUAAACCGAUGCUGUCGAAACUCGCGCCAACAGUAACGUUGAGUCUCGCCGUGACGAGCGCCAUGUUUUUUUUCACAUAUAUACCCCAGGCAGCCAUUCUAGCCCUUACUUCCGGUCCUCUCAUAGCACCCUUCUCAGCAGCACUUCUAGUUCUUAGCGAGAGUUCAACUAUAAUCACCUAUCUCGCGAAAUCAGGCUAUGUAUUCGACCAGGAUACCAUACUUAACUUGUUCGAUGGCACGUUACUUGCCUGCGGUAACGAGAAAUUAGUAUCCAAAGACCGUAAAAUAAGGCCUGCCUCUGACCCCAUGGCUCGACUUGGACACUUCCUUAAGAAGGGCGGUGGCUCGCUGAUGAACGCGAUGAGCUUGUCAAAUGCUUUCAGGUCACUUUUGUAUCUGCCGCUGAAUUUCAUACCGGUGGUGGGAACAUUAAUGUAUAUUGGAACCCAGGGGGUGAGGGUUGGGCCGCUUCUACAUGCAAGGUACUUUUAUUUGAAAGGAUGGGGCUCAAAGGAAAGGGACGGGUGGCUCGAGAAAAACAGAGCUGCGUAUGCGAGUUUCGGUGCUGUCGCUGUUGUUCUGGAGAUGGUCCCCUUUGCAUCUCUCUUUUUCACAUAUACGAACACUGUCGGGGCUGCUCUCUGGGCUUCCAGGCUCGAAAAGACUUUUGCAACCAAAACCAGCCUACAUGGUGCCACCGAGAUGAAAUCAAUGUGA